AUGGGCAGUCUGGGCAUACCAUCGUUCCAGACCACUUUCGCAGUCCCCCUACACUGCGACAGCUGCGUCCAGUCUGUGACACAGGCACUCAACCAACUAGAUGGCAUAGACAAGGUUGAAGCCAACUUGAAAGACCAGCUAGUCCUGAUCGAAGGUACAGCAGCCCCCUCCGCCAUCGUUUCCGCCAUCGAAUCUACGGGCCGGGACGCGAUCCUGCGUGGGAGUGGCUCCUCCAGUACAGCCGGCGUUUGUAUCUUGGAAACACAUUCGGCCACGGUUAGCGACCCUGUCCGGGGUCUAGCACGAAUGGUACAGGUGGGUGAAAACAAGACUCUGGUCGACUUGACAUUAAAAGGAGUCUCACCUGGGACAUAUUAUGCCACAGUGCGCGAGCGAGGCGACAUCUCCCAAGGUGCUGUUUCAACGGGUGGAAUUUGGGAAGCAAUCAAAAAAAUAGGCGGCUUCGACCAAGCUGCGCGACAAGCACAACCGCGAGGUGUGUUCGGCAGCGUUCGGGUAGGUCAAGACGGGCGUGGCAAUAAUUUCCUCGACAGACCAGUGGCUAUCUGGGAGCUCAUCGGCAGAGGCAUGGUGGUGUCGAAGGAGAUGGAUGGGCCGUUCUUGAAAGACGACCCUGACACACUUGUGGGGGUCGUUGCCCGAAGUGCUGGUGUAUGGGACAACGAUAAAGUGGUCUGCUCGUGUUCAGGCAAGACUGUCUGGGAAGAGCGUAAGGAGCAACAAGCCCAGGGAAUGCUAUGA